AUGCCCGUCCUGGCUGGGGGGCUACUCGCCGCCCUCACGGUGGCGUUCGGAACGGCAGUGGCAUUCGCCCCCAAACCUCGGAUCACCUGGGAGCACAGAGAGGUGCAGCUGCUGCGGUUUCACGAGCCGGGCAUUUAUAACUACUCGGCCUUGCUGCUGAGCGAGGACCAGGGCACCCUGUACAUCGGCGCGCGGGAGGCCGUCUUUGCAGUGAACGCGCUCAACGUCUCCGAGAAGCAGCAUGAGGUGUAUUGGAGGGUCUCGGAAGGCAAGAGAGCAAAGUGCGCGGAGAAGGGGAAAUCGAAACAGACGGAGUGCCUCAACUACAUCCGCGUGCUGCAGCCACUCAGCGCCACGGCCCUCUACGUGUGUGGCACCAACGCGUUCCAGCCGACCUGUGACCACCUGAACUUGACUUCCUUUACGUUUCUGGGGAGGAAUGAGGACGGCAAGGGAAGGUGUCCCUUUGACCCGGCCCACAGCUACACGUCUGUCAUGGUUGAUGGGGAGCUCUAUACAGGGACAUCAUACAACUUCCUGGGGAGUGAGCCUGUCAUCUCUCGAAGCUCCGCCCAUAGCCCACUGAGGACGGAGUACGCCAUCCCCUGGCUGAAUGAGCCCAAGUUUGUCUUCGCCGACGUGAUCCGGAAGAGCCCGGCUGAGGGCGAGGAUGACAGGGUCUACUUCUUCUUCACGGAGGUGUCCGUGGAGUACGAGUUCGUGUUUCGGCUGCAGAUCCCGCGGAUCGCGCGGGUGUGCAAGGGCGACCAGGGCGGUCUGAGGACCUUGCAGAAGAAGUGGACGUCCUUCCUGAAAGCCAAGCUGAUCUGCUCACGGCGGGACGGCAGCCUGGUCUUCAACGUGCUGCGGGACGUCUUCGUGCUGCGGGCGCCAGACCUGAAGGCGCCCGUGUUCUACGCGCUCUUCGCCCCGCAGCUGAACAACGUGGGGCUGUCCGCCGUGUGCGCCUACGACCUGUCCACGGCCGAGGACGUCUUCUCCCACGGGAAGUACAUGCAGAGUGCCACGGUGGAGCAUUCCCACACCAAGUGGGUGCGCUACAAUGGCCCGGUGCCCAGGCCGCGGCCCGGAGCGUGCAUUGACAGCGAGACUCGGGCUGCCAACUACACCAGCUCCUUGAAUUUGCCAGACAAAACGCUGCAGUUUGUCAAAGACCAUCCUCUGAUGGACGGCUCGGUGAUGCCGGUAGAUAACAGGCCCAGGCUGGUCAAAAAGGACGUGAACUACACACAGAUUGUGGUGGACCGGACGCGGGCCCUGGACGGGACAGCCUACGAUGUCAUGUUUGUCAGCACAGACCAGGGAGCCCUGCACAAAGCUGUCAGCCUGGAGAACACCGUGCACCUGAUUGAGGAGACGCAGCUCUUCCAGGACUUCGAGCCGGUCCAGACCCUGGUGCUGUCUUCCAAGAAGGGCUGGGGAUCUGUCUACGCCGGCUCGCGCUCAGGUGUGGUGCAGGCCCCGCUGGCCUUCUGCGGGAAGCACGGCUCCUGCGAGGACUGUGUGCUGGCCCGGGACCCCUACUGCGUCUGGAGCCCGUCGGCGGCCGCCUGCGUGGCCCUGCCCCAGGCUGAGGGCGACGCCAGGGGCCUGAUCCAGGACAUGAGGGGCGACACGUCCGUGUGCCCAGCCUGGCCUCCCAAGCCCUCCCCUCCUCCCGGCUCCUCCUCCCUGUCCUGUCCGGGCCCGGCGGCCCCCUCCUCUCCGCGGAGCCCCUGGCUGGCCUCGGGUGCGGGCCCCAGCGGCCGCUCGCCUGUCGCCUUGCUGCCGCCCUUCCUGCGCGACCAGGCCCAGCACGUGCCCAGGAUGGGGACCUUCCACCUCUUUUGUGUGCCCCCAGGUCCCGCGGACAUCCGCCUCAUCUGGGAGAAGGACGGGCGCGCCCUGGAGACCUGCGUCCCCGUGCAGACCCACAUGCUGCCGGACGGGAGGGCCCACGCGCUCAGCUGGCUGCGGGACGCCAUCCCGGAGGGCGCCGAGUACCGCUGCUCCGUCCUGUCCUCAGCAGGGAACGUGACCUCAAAGGUGCGGGUGGCUGUGGCGAGAGCUGAAGCGACGCACCAGGAGCACUGGAGCAGGGAGCUGUCUGCCUGGAGGGCCGUGGUCGGGGAGCACAGCCGGAUGAUGCAGAGCUGGAGGCAGGCCUGGGAGAGCUGCAGCCAGGAUGCCCCGUAGCCUAGGAUGGGCCUUGCACCCAGAGCGACCAGCUCCUCACGGCCACCCCGGGGACGGCAUCCUGCCCAGCCUGCACAGGACAUGGCCACCCGCCUGCCCCUUGCAGGGGCUGGCCUGCGGUCUGCCAGCAGAGGCAGUCACCCGGAUGACCACAAGCCACUGCGGUGCCCGGGACACUCCUAUGGCCACACGUGCAGGCUCCCCACUCAGGACCGUUCUGGCUCAACCCCAAGCCACCCACAGUGCCCACUCCCACCACCUUGGUGACAGCCCUUGCCCCACGCUGUGGCCAGUGGCGCCUGCAUGCCCAGUGCCUUCAGCUCAGCCCCGGGCCACCGAGGUGCAGACCGACAGGCAGAGGAGGCUCGUGGCCGGCCUGCCUUGACCCGCGGACCCAGAGGCCAUGCCCGGGUGCCCGUCAAGGCUGUGUUGUCCUCUGCUCCCCUAAGACUCAUGCUCCCCCUGCUGUCCCAAGCACUGCAGUGACCUAUGCCCCUUGGCCUGUGCCGUCAACAUUCAGCUGUGCCAACAGGGCGCCUGGCGUGGGUGAGGCAGAAGGUGAGCUGGCAAGUUUCCUGUUACUGGCAUUAAAUUCCUUGACAGUGGA